CGUGCUGUCACCUUUAGUUUGUUGUUAAUUUAAGAAGCUUUAGUUAAUAUUUUAGUUAUUUUAAGCACCUACUAACAUUUAGUAAAUAAAAAUGUCAACGGUAAGGCGUUCUGCUAUUUGGAACGUUUUUACGGAAACUCACAAAUCGGAUUUUAUAGCUACUUGUAAUAUAUGCUCGCAAGAAUUUUCAUACAGAUCAACGACCACAAAUUUAAUGAAACAUCUUCAAAGGAAGCAUCCUAAUAUUAGUGUCGAUUUAAGUUCUUCACACGUUAAAGUGAAAGAUGGACCCACAGAAAAUCAAAUUGAAUAUGUAAUCGAGAGACAGUUGCCAAUGGAGGAAGAAAAUAAGGAGUGUCAAUUUAAAGUAGAAGUCCAACCUCUUUCAGAUAAUAGUGAGUUUAUAACAAUGAAUACUGGCAAAACAAUAUCCUUCGUUUGGGAAUUUUUUACAAAAUUGCCCAACUCUGAUUAUCUAGCUUCUUGUAAUGUUUGCCAAAAGGAGUUUUCUUAUAAGACAACUACCACGAAUCUAAAGAAGCAUCUAGAAAGGAAGCAUCCAGAGAAUUUAGCAGUAAGUGAUGAAAGUCAUACAUUUAUAAUAUAUAAUUCUGCAGAUGAAGCAUCUGAUGGUGAGCAAAAUGUUUCACCAGCUGUUAGUAUGGGUAAAUCAUUCCUAUGGAAUCAUUUUACAAAAAUACCAAAUUCUGACUUUUUUGCUUUUUGUAAUAUUUGCAAAAAGGAGUUAUCUUAUAAAACAACCAUCACAAAUCUUAAAAAACAUCUAGAGAGGGUCCAUUCAGAAGAAAUAUCUACAUUUGGAGAAUUAAAUUCUCUAUUGUGGAAUUAUUUUACAAAAAUUACUAACUCUGAUGACGCUUAUUGUAAUAUUUGUAACGAACAGUUUUCCUAUAAGAAUUCAGUCUCAAAUCUUACAGAACAUUUGGAAUCACAACAUCCUGACUAUAUAACAGACAGUGAUAGAAAUAAUAGUAACAGCAUGGAAUUUAGUUCCAUCAAUGAAGCAUCUAGCAGUAACAACUUCUCUUCAACUCCUAAAAAGCCAGUGUCUCACAUUUGGGAGUAUUUUAUAAAAAUUCCAGGUGUUAACCUAGCUAAUUGUAAGAUAUGUAAUUAUCGACUUUCUUGUAUAAAGAUUUCUAAUCUCAAAAAUCAUCUGGAAAGACAACAUCCUAAUAACUCAAUGAUAGGAAAUGAAGAUAUAUUGCACAAUUUUGUUGAUUGCAGUGGCACUGAAAAAAAUGAUUUUGUAUAUGUUGAACCAGGCCAUAGAAAAACAGUACCCCAGUUGUGGGAAUAUUUUACAAAAACCUCUGACAUGCAAGCAUAUUGCAAUUUGUGUCAUCAAGAAUUUUCUUAUAAAUCAUCCACCUCUAACCUCAAGGAACAUCUUAGUACUAAUCAUUCUGAUGUACUUCCUUUAUACAAAGAAAGUGGCAAUGACUAUUUAGAUUUAAACAUGUCAGAUGUUUUUAGUAUAUCCCAAACUGCAACAAAUGAGCCUACAGAUCCCUUUCAUGAAGAGAACUUGAAUUGCACUCAAGAUUAUUUUGUUACUUUAGGCCAAGAGGCCAAAGGUAUGGGAAUGGCUUCAGAAAUCCAACCAAAUCCAUCUGCUCAACCAAUUCAACUUAUUGAAAGCUGUGAUGAAAUAAGCAGUAACAUUGAAAGUAGAGGUGGAGAAUUGCAAAAAGAAGGAAUGGAUGCGAAAACCAUAUCAAAUAUUAAUCAAGCUAAAACUAACCAAGAUAUAGGUGAAUAUAUAUCUGCCAAAGAUAAAAAUAGCUGCAGCACUGUUAAUGCCGAUUCAAGUAAAAGUACAUCUCCUUUAUGGGAUUUUUUCACAAAAGUCUCCCCUUUAAAUUACCUAGCCAAAUGUAAUUUAUGUAGUAAAAUAAUUUCUUUUAAAUCUACAACAUUUAAUCUUCAAAAGCAUUUGGAUAAAAAACAUCCCGAAGAGGUAACCAAGGAACAAUCAAAUGUACUAUCAACAGAGACUAAAACAGAUGACAAUACUGGUAUUAAGAGACCAUCUUCUGUCUGGAAUUAUUUCACAAAAGAUACUUUUGAAAUGACUAUAAGUUGUAAUUUGUGCCAACAUACUACAUCUUAUAGAUCAAGUCAAGGAAGUACUGGAAAUCUUUGGAAGCAUAUCGCCAGAAAACAUCCACAAUUAUCAGACCAAGAAGAAGCCAGUAACAAUGAACAUUCUGAUGACGAAGGUGUACAAAAAGAAGCAGAAGGUGAAAAUUCACAGAAAGAUAAAGUUAACUUUAAUGCCGAUGAAGAUAGCUCUGAUAGCAGUGAAUCUGAUACUGAUGAAAUAAAUACACAAAAAUGUCCUCAAAAGUCGAAUAAAGAUGGCAAAAGAUGUUCUUCUGUAUGGAAAUAUUUUACUAAACUUUCUCCUUCUAAUACUCCACAGUGUAAUAUUUGUUUAAUACAAAUGUCAAGUAAAUCAGGUACCAGUAAUCUUUGGAAGCAUCUCAAUAGAAAACAUCCUGAUAUAUCAGCCGAUAAAGAUGAUAGCAAUAGUGAUCAAAAUUCUGACAGUGAAGAAGUGCAGGUACAUAGUGAUGAUGAAAAAGAUUGUAGUGAACAAAACAGAAGUAACGUAACAAAUAUAGAAGAAGUAAAUCCUGAUGAAGAAGUUGGUACAAGAAAGCGUUCAUCAGUUUGGAAAUAUUUUACGACAAUUCCAUUUUCUGAUAUUUCCCGCUGCAACCUGUGUCAAACUAAAAUGACGUAUAAAUCGGGCACCACUAGUAAUCUACGUAAGCAUUUGGCUCGGAAACACCCUGAACUAUCUACAAACAAAGAUGGAUCCAUUGUGCAGGAUAAAGAACCUCUAGAGUUCAAACCUCAACAAAAACGUGGGCGCAAAUCAAGCAGCCAUGAAAUAAAGGCUGAGGCAAUAGAUACUACCUGUGAAGUGAACACGUCUCGUAAGAGAGCUUCUUCCGUUUGGAAUUAUUUUAGGAAACUGCCUGACUCCAAGAUUCCCUGUUGUAAAAUUUGCAACUUAAAAAUGUCUAGUAAAUCAGGCACUAGCAACCUUUGGAGACAUAUCGCAGGAAAACAUCCCCACAUAAAAGCUGAUAACGAUGAAUCUAGCAGUGACGAAGAGUCUGAUGAUGAAGAAUCCCCGAAGGAAGAAGGGCGAAAGCCACAUGACAACAGUAUAAAACUUGAAGAAGUUGAAAUUAGUGUAGUAGAUAAUAAAGGCAAAAAGAAGCGAUCUUCAGUAUGGAACUAUUUUAUAAAGCUUUUACCUUCUAAUAUGUUACGUUGUAAUAUUUGUCAAACAGAAAUGUCUAGUAAAUCAGGUACGAGUAACCUGUGGAGACAUAUUGCCGGGAAGCAUCCUCAAAUACAGACAGACAAAGAUGGUAGCAGUAGUGAUGAACACUCUGGCGACGACGAAGCGAAAACACAAAAAUGUAAGAGAGAGAAAAUUAAAUUUGAAAUAGUAGAUGGAGACAGUACAGAUGAAGAUAAAAAAGGUGGGAAAAAACGGUCUACUGUGUGGAAAUACUUUACGAAACUGCCACAUUCUAAUAUACCAUGUUGUAAUAUUUGUAAAGCUCAAAUGUCUUCCAAGUCGGGCACUAGUAAUUUAUGGAGGCAUAUUGCUGGCAAACAUCCUAAUAUACAUAAGGAAAAAGAAGGAUCCAGUAGUGAUGAGAAUUUGGAUAAUGAUUCCGUUUCUGAAGAAGAGUUAAAGGACACUAGCAAAAGAAGAUCUUCGAUAUGGCGAUAUUUUAGUAUAAUUUCCGAUUCUGAUACAGCUAGGUGCAAUUAUUGUGGGGUGGAGAUGGCAUACAAGUCCAGUACCGGAAAUCUCUGGAAACAUGUAGCCAGAAAACAUCCCGACGAAACUUCAAAUAUCAAUGAAAGCACCAGCGAAGAAAGUUCUGAUGAUGAAGAACCUCAAAAUGAUGAACAUAAUAUACAAUCACGAAUGUGGAAAUAUUUCAUUAAAGUUCCUGAUUCUGACUUCUUAGCUUCUUGCAAUUAUUGCCAAAGGAGAUUUUCGUACAAGUCUAGCAUAGGAAAUCUUAAAAAGCACAUAUAUAGAAAACAUUCCAAACAACUAGCAGAAAAUUCUGAAGACGACACAGAUGAAAAUACUGUCAGUGAUGGUGAACAAAAAGAUUCGAAUUCUGGUAAAAAGGUAUCUCCUAUGUGGAAGCUGUUUAGAAAAGUACCGAAUUCUGACUAUAUUGCUUGUUGUCGGCUAUGUCGAAAAAGAAUCUCAUACAAAACGACUACUAGUAAUCUUCAGAGACACAUCGGUCGACGACACCCCAAAUAUCUAAGUCUCAAGUACAAAAACCGUAUCAGUUACACAGCUCGCAGACGAAACACUGCAUUGUGUGCUAGAAAUGCUCAAAAGUACAAAAACGAACUGUUAAAUUUCAAUAAGAGUGGAUCUAGUCUAUGGGACUUGUUCUCGAAGAUUGAAGCUUCCGAUUCUAUAGCUUCUUGCAAAAUUUGUCGGAAUCAGUUAUCUUAUAAGACUACGACCGGUAAUCUGAAGAAGCACAUGUAUAGGAAACAUCGUAGCCUAUUACCGAAUGAACAACAAGAACCAGUACAAUCAUUUUCGGAACAUGAUGAAGAUCAGAAAGAAGAAAUUCCAGAGAUGAAAGAAAUGGAAAACAACGACAACAUACCAAUUCAAACUCAAACUGUCGAUAAUAUCGACGAUGAUGACUUUUGGAAUAUGGACACCAACACUGACGAUGACGAUCCAGAUUUCAGACCAUCUCCCACGUUUGAGGAAGAAAUAGAUACAAAAAACAGUUCACACGGAAAGAAACGAUCUCUUAUUUGGAAUGUUUUCACUGAGAAACCACUCUCUAAUUUUGUAGCCAUUUGCAAUGUAUGUAACCAAGAGUUUUGCUACCGAAGUACUACCAAUAACCUCAAAAAGCAUUUUCAAAGGAAGCAUCCCAAGUUGUCCCUGGAACAUAAGAUAGAACGAGUUAUAGAAGAAAGCACAGCUAUUGAAUAUGCUGAUGUAAAGUCUGAAAAUAAAAGCUUUAUAGACGAUGAUGACAAAGAUUCUUCCGAUGAAGCAGUGUCAAAUUCCAAACGGAAGCGUUCCCAAAUCUGGAACUAUUUUACGAGAAAAAAACCUGGCGAAUAUGUUGCGACUUGUAAUCUAUGCAAAAAAGAGUUAGGAUUUAGAUCGACGACAUCUAAUCUAAAAAAGCAUUUGGAUAGGAAGCAUCCUCAUGUUGAGAUCAAGUCGGAAAGUGAUGAGAUAAAAAAGGAUGUUCCAGAAGUUCCUGUCAAGACUUGUUUGAUUUGUCUACACACCGAUCAGACAGAGACCAGGGAGUUUGUACAAGUCCACAAUUUAAACCUAGAAGAAGGAGAAAAGACCUAUAUGACCAAAAUCCAAGAAAUUAUGAAUCAACCAGUGGUGAUAGAUGAAUCACACGUCCUUUGCCAGACGUGCGUUGAUGAUAUAGAGAAAGUCAUUCAAUUUAAAGAAAAAAUAUCCAAGGCUUUUGAGUUCUGGAGUAAAAUUGAGGCUGAGCCGGAACCAGAAUCGUUCGAUAAUUUUGGUGAUGAUAUGAAUCACUCGGAUUACAGCGAUUUAGAAGACGGUGAGAGUUUGGCCAAGUUCACUUGCAAUAAAUGCAACAAAGUAUUUCCCUCUCCGUCUGUUAUGCUCAAGCACAAUUGCGGACAACAACCUCGGAAAGAAAAACCUGCCGCCAGACGAGAGGUCGUCGAUAAAGAUACCAAGUACUAUUGCGAACAUUGCGGCAGGUGUUUCAACAUCAAAUGGAAGUUGAACAAACAUUUGAAAAAAUGUCAAAAUAACGUCGCCAAGCAGUUCGUCUGCACCUUGUGCAAUCGAGUGUUCAAAAAAGCCUACCAUCUUAGAGAACACAUGGCAUCUCAUACCGGUGAACGGAACUACAGUUGCAACUUGUGCGGCAAAACCUUCCAGAGAUCGUCCUCGAAGCACAAACAUAUGCGCAGCCACAACGCCAAGCCGGGAGAAAAGUCUAAGAAGACUCCGUUCUUGUGCACCAUUUGCGGUAAGAGUUUCCCGUACAGUAAUGGAGCUUCGAGGCAUAUGAGGGUGCACUUGGGCGAGAGGAGGCAUGAGUGCCAUAUUUGCCUAAAGAGAUUCAGCCAGACAACCCACUUAAAGGUUCACCUUCGAACUCAUUCUGGUGAAAGACCUUACGGUUGUAUGAUUUGUGGUAGGACAUUCUCUCUGAACGCGAGUUUGCGCAAACACAUGCGACUCCACGUCGGAUCUGGCGACUUCGUGAAGUUGGUCAAGAACUUUGAAACGAAUCUGGCGCCGGGAGAGAUGGUGGCGGCGGACGGGUUACAUGUAUUGACAGCUGUCACUCCUCAAGAUAUAGAAAUGGACGCGAAUCAGUGUAUUGCUUAAUGACUAUAAUAAGAAGUAUAGAUUUUAUUAUUAUAAAUUGAUUAAAGGUUAGAUGAUACUGAUAGUAAUUAUUGGCGUAAAUAAAUUGCUUUAUUUAAU